AGGAGCGGCGCUCUCCUGUCCGUCUCAAGAUCACCCUCCGGAGACCCAGCCGUCCAGCCCAUUCGGCCGUCGGCAAUGUUUUAUUUCCACUGUCCGCCACAGCUAGAGGGCACUGCACCCUUCGGCAACCACUCAACAGCAGACUUUGACGAUGGUUUUUUACGAAGAAAACAGCGCCGGAAUCGAACAACAUUCACUCUUCAGCAGCUGGAAGCUCUUGAGGCAGUUUUUGCCCAAACACACUAUCCAGAUGUCUUCACCAGAGAAGAGCUAGCCAUGAAAAUAAACCUCACAGAAGCUAGAGUGCAGGUUUGGUUCCAGAACCGAAGGGCCAAGUGGAGGAAAACGGAGCGAGGGGCCUCAGACCAGGAGCCUGGUGCCAAAGAGCCCAUGGCAGAGGUGACACCUCCACCGGUGAGAAACAUCAAUUCGCCACCCCCUGGGGAUCAGGCCAGGAGCAAGAAGGACCCCUUGGAAGCCCAGCAGAGCCUGGGACGAACAGUGGCUCCCACAGGACCUUUCUUCCCCUCCUGCUUGCCUGGGACCCUCCUGAAUACAGCCACAUAUGCCCAGGCCUUGUCACACGUCGCCUCCCUGAAAGGGAGCCCGCUGUGCUCUUGCUGUGUCCCGGACCCCAUGGGACUGUCCUUUCUCCCCACCUAUGGCUGCCAGAGUAACCGCACAGCCAGCGUGGCUGCGCUGCGGAUGAAGGCCCGGGAGCAUUCUGAAGCCGUCCUGCAGUCAGCCAACCUCUUGCCACCCACCAGCAGCAGCCCCAGCCCCACAGCCAAGCAGGCAGCCCCGGAUGGCAACCAGGACAAGAUCCCUCCUGCCAAGGAACAGAGCGAGGGUGAGAAGAGUGGGUGA